ACGGCUCCCCACUCGCACGAAACGCUCAACAUCCUGCGGCAAGGCAGAGAACCACUCUCUCUGGCAGACUGACCCUCUCGCCAUCACAUUGACGCCCACCAUAGCAGCCUCAGCUUGCUGAGCUCGCUACCCGCCGCCAUGUCGGACGCCGCCUUCGACAAGGUGCGACAGGCGCAGGCCGAGCGCAACGCAGGAAAGAAAGGCUUCAAAGACAGCUCGAGCCAACGCGCUGAUACCAACAAGGGCGUCUCCCUCACCGAGAACUUUGACAAGGACCUGUAUGGAAACGAUUCGGGCGACAAAUUUGCGGGCUAUAACACGACCAUCGAUGUCAACGACGAUGUGGACAUGGAAGACGAAGGCGGCGACAGCGGCAGGCUGGUCGGCCAGUAUACGGCGACCGAUGCGCAGAGGAGCGAGUGGGCACAGGGCGAGACAGCCGAGGAUGACAUUCUGGAGAGCCGCGAGAAACAGGCGCAAAUCGCAAGUCGCGAGACGGACUACCAGAAGAGACGUUUCCAGCGCGGAUUAGAGGGCGAUGGCGAGAAGACGUACAAGGAGAUCAUGGCUGAGCGGGAGAUCCAACGCGAGGAGGACCGCGUGCGCAAGCUCAUUGCGGAGCAGAACAAGGAGAAGAUUGCGAAUGGCGACGAUGACGAGAUGGAAGGAGUGGAGCACCGGGCGACGCUCAAGGACAAGACGCCUGAGCCUGCAGAGAAGACCAACGGUGACGCAGAGAAGCGGAAGCGGGCGAGAAAGAGGCGCUGGGAUAAUGGAGGCGAGGAGACGACCGAAGCGAAGGGAAGUGUGCCCACCAGUGAUACGAAUGGACAAGCCACGGAUAGUGAAGUCGCCCCUAAGAAGUCGAGGUGGGACUCGCUGCCUGCGCCCGAGGCGGAAGCUGCACCAUUGAAGAAGCGCUCCAAGUGGGAUAUGGUGUCUGCUGCAGGAGGAAGCGGCGGGCAGCCCAAUGGAGCGCCAGAGGCGACCCCAUCGGGACCCGUCAUGGCCUUCGGUGGCGAUCUCUCUGGACGCAACGCACCACUCUCCGAUGAAGAGCUCGACGAGAUGUUGCCCGGCGAGGGCUACAAGAUUUUGAUACCACCCCCUGGCUACGAACCGUUGCGUGCGCCCGUGCGACGGGCUGCGCCCUCUGCUACGCCUGCCCCAGGUGGUUUCAUGAAUCAGCGAUCGGUCGACCCGCGAUCGAUGGGCAAGGCGCUGCCAUCCGACAUUCCUGGUGUAGGAGAUUUGCAAUUCUUCAAGGCCGAAGACAUGGCAUAUUUCGGAAAGCUCGUGGACGGUGCUGACGAGAACGACUUGAGCGUGGAGGAGCUCAAGCAACGCAAGAUUAUGCGAUUACUGCUCAAAGUCAAGAACGGCACGCCUCCCAUGCGCAAGACUGCGCUGCGUCAACUCACCGACAACGCACGAAGCUUUGGCGCUGGACCGCUCUUUGACCAGAUUCUGCCACUGCUGAUGGAGAAGAGUCUUGAAGACCAGGAACGACAUUUGCUCGUCAAGGUCAUCGAUCGUAUCCUCUACAAGCUGGACGACCUCGUCAGACCGUAUGUACACAAGAUCUUGGUUGUGAUCGAACCACUUUUGAUCGAUCAAGACUACUACGCGCGCGUCGAGGGACGUGAAAUCAUCUCCAACCUCGCCAAAGCAGCUGGACUGGCAACCAUGAUCAGCACAAUGCGACCCGAUAUUGAUCACGUUGAUGAGUACGUGCGCAAUACCACUGCUCGUGCAUUCGCCGUCGUCGCUUCGGCACUCGGUAUUCCUACGCUCUUGCCAUUCCUGAAAGCUGUGUGCAAGAGUAAAAAGUCAUGGCAGGCAAGGCACACCGGUGUCAAGAUCAUCCAGCAGAUCCCUAUCCUUAUGGGUUGUGCUGUGCUCCCUCAUCUCAAAGGACUGGUAGAUUGCAUUGGGGAGAAUCUGAACGACGAGCAGGCCAAAGUGAGGACUGUCACCUCUCUCGCAUUGGCAGCUCUGGCAGAAGCAUCGAACCCAUUCGGUAUUGAGAGCUUCGACGAUAUUCUCAAUCCCCUCUGGACGGGAGCACGCAAGCAGCGUGGCAAAGGACUGGCGGGUUUUCUAAAGGCUGUCGGUUACAUCAUCCCCCUCAUGGACGAAGAGUAUGGCAACUACUAUACCUCGCAGAUCAUGGAGAUUCUGCUGCGAGAAUUCCAGUCGCCAGAUGAGGAAAUGAAGAAGGUUGUGCUCAAAGUCAUCAGUCAAUGCGCCGGUGGUGCUGGCGUCACAGCCGCAUACCUCAAGGAGACCGUCCUCAACGACUUCUUCAAGAGCUUCUGGGUGCGCAGGAUGGCACUGGACAAGCGCAACUACAAGCAAGUCGUGGAGACCACUGUCGAUCUGGGUCACAAAGUCGGUGUGGGCGAGAUUGUCGAACGCAUCGUCAACAACCUCAAGGACGAAAGCGAGGCCUAUCGCAAGAUGACAGUCGAGACCAUUGAAAAAGUUGUAUCCGCUAUGGGCGCUGCCGACAUCAAUGAACGACUGGAAGAGCGUCUGGUUGACGGCAUUCUGCACUCAUUCCAGGAACAGAGUGUGGAAGACGUCGUCCUGCUCAAUGGUUUUGGUACCGUCGUGAACUCCCUUGGGACUCGAUGCAAGCCAUAUCUGCCCCAAAUUGUCAGUACCAUCCUAUUCCGGCUCCACAACAAGUCUGCGACGGUACGACAACAGGCUGCAGAUCUCAUCAGCCGCAUUGCCAUUGUGCUCAAGCAAUGCGACGAGGACGUCCUUCUCGGAAAACUCGGUUCUGUACUGUACGAAUACCUUGGCGAAGAGUACCCCGAAGUGCUAGGUAGUAUCCUGGGCGCGAUGAGGAGCAUUGUUACCGUGGUCGGUAUCAGCAGCAUGCAGCCCCCUAUUAAGGAUCUGCUGCCACGACUGACACCGAUCCUGCGCAACAGGCACGAGAAGGUGCAAGAGAACACGAUUGAUCUCGUGGGGCGUAUCGCUGACCGCGGACCCGAGUCGGUCAAUGCUCGAGAAUGGAUGCGUAUCUGUUUCGAACUUCUGGACAUGCUCAAAGCCCAUAAGAAAGGCAUUCGACGAGCAGCAAACAACACAUUUGGAUUCAUUGCCAAAGCCAUUGGACCCCAAGAUGUGCUUGCUACUCUGCUGAACAAUCUGCGUGUACAAGAACGUCAGUCUCGUGUGUGUACCGCCGUCGCCAUCGGCAUCGUGGCUGAAACCUGUGCGCCCUUCACGGUCUUGCCCGCACUCAUGAACGAGUAUCGCGUUCCGGAGCUCAACGUGCAGAAUGGUGUCCUCAAGUCGCUCUCCUUCCUCUUUGAGUACAUUGGCGAAAUGGCAAAAGACUAUGUCUAUGCCGUCACACCACUUCUCGAAGAUGCCCUCAUCGAUCGUGAUCAGGUCCAUCGUCAGACUGCUGCCAGUGUCGUCAAGCAUAUCGCGCUCGGUGUGGUUGGUCUGGGGUGUGAGGAUGCGAUGUUGCACCUGCUGAACCUCCUUUACCCUAAUCUGUUCGAGACCAGUCCACACGUGAUCGACCGGGUCAUCGAAGCGAUCGACGCCAUCCGGUUGGCAGUGGGCACGGGCGCAGUCAUGAACUACGUCUGGGCCGGUCUGUUCCACCCGGCGAGAAAAGUCCGAGUGCCCUACUGGAGGCUGUACAACGACGCCUACGUGCAGAGCGCAGACGCCAUGGUUCCUUAUUAUCCCGCGAUGGACGACGAGAAGAUGAUCAGGCACGAGUUGAUGGUCGUCUUGUAGACCCCUUUUCACAGGGUGGGGGAGAGAGCAAGUGUGGCCUGAGCAGUGUCAUGCUCGACUAGUCUGCACAGCGCAAUGUCGCAGAUUCCGCUCGCACAGCCUGCGCAUACCACGAGGCAUGAUGUUUGUGGUGUGUAUAACAGAAGCAACCCGGCAUGGGACAGAUGUCCCGGUAUGCCCUACCUUCAGUGUAGCUAGCUAUUAGAACGACAUACGGUAGUUCAAGUCUUAGAACUACCACCGAAAACAUUUUGUCGCC